UCAUCCCUUCCUUCUACUUCUAGUACCUUAAAAACAUGGGAACUCAAACAGUUCAGAGGAUCUUCAGAGAUGGAAUGAUGACGUUGGUGUUGGUGGCAUUCAUGGCCACAAAUUCAGUUGCUUCAGUGGACAGUCGGACAUACAUUGUUCACAUGGACAAGUCCAAGAUGAAAACCUCUUAUCUUUCCGCAGCUAAUUCCAAAGAAAUGUUUGAAGAAAUGCUUGAUUCAAUCUACCAACUCUCCCCUGAUUCAGAAGCAACACCACCUCCCCGCUUAUUUUAUGCAUAUGACACUGCAAUCUUUGGUUUUGCUGCCAAGCUUUCCCCCAUGCACCUAGAAUCAAUAAGAAACAUGGAUGCUUUUAUGGCCGUCAUUCCUGACGGAUCAAUGCGCCUUCACACCACAUACAGUUACAAGUUUCUUGGCCUAGAACAGGGCAAAGGACUCUGGCAUGCUUCAAAUCUGGAGUCUGAUGUGAUAAUUGGCGUCAUAGAUGCCGGUAUCUGGCCUGAACAUCCCAGUUUUCAGGACCAUGGUUUUGGUCCAGUACCAGCUAAAUGGAAAGGUGCUUGUGAGAGCGGUACAAACUUCUCCCCAUUAAAUUGCAACCGCAAGCUUAUUGGUGCCAGAUAUUUCUUCAAAGGGUACGAAGCCUUCCAUGGCAAAGUCAAUGAAACUGCAAAUUUUAAGUCCCCCAGAGCAACAAAUGGUCAUGGAACUCACUGUGCAUCAACAGCUGGCGGCAAUCUUGUACAGAACGCAAGCUUUUACGGCCUAGCCAAUGGGGUGGCAACUGGAAUGAGGUACACAUCAAGAAUCGCAGCAUAUAAAGUUUGUUGGGAAGCACCUGCCAAUUGUGCUAGUUCUGAUAUUCUCGCUGCCAUUGAUCAAGCAAUUAAAGAUGGAGUGGACGUAGUGUCCAUAUCAUUAGGACUUAGAAAAGGAGUUAUCCCAUAUUUUGAUGAUCUCAUUGCUCAAGCAGCAUUCUCUGGAAUCCAACGAGGGAUCUUUUUUUCACUUUCAGCUGGAAAUAAAGGCCCGCGUACUGUUGUCAACACUGCACCAUGGCUCAUGACAGUUGCUGCGAGCUACAUUGAUAGAAGCUUCCCCGCAAUUGUCAAGCUUGGAAAUGGACAAAGUUUUGAAGGGAUAUCUUUGUACCCUGGCAAGUCAUUAAAAGAAUCUCCAAUUGUGUAUGGACCAACUGCAGGGAAAAAAUUUGCUCAGUAUUGCAUUCCAGGGUCACUUAGCCCGAAGCUUGUAAAAGGAAAGGUGGUUGUUUGUGAACUAGGAGGAGGAUAUGGUGAAUAUCAAAUAACAGAGCAUGUGAAGUUGGAAGGAGGAGUUGGCACGGUCAUCUUACACUAUGAGGGUUUAGAUUUUCUUGCUUAUCCUCCUAUGUCUCCCGCAGUUUCUGUGGGAGACAUGGCAAGAAAGGCCAUACUAAGUUAUUUGAAUACUACAAAAUCACCUACAGCUUCCCUAACUUUCAAAGGAACCGCUUAUGGAAAGCGCGCACCAAUGAUGGCCGCAUUUUCAUCAAGAGGGCCAAAUCUAGUCGAUCUCAACCUGCUCAAACCAGACUUGACUGCACCAGGGGUGAACAUAUUAGCAGCGUGGCCAGGUAUAACGAGCCCAUCUGAGGAGGAGGGUGACAAAAGAAGGGUUCUGUUCAAUUUACUGUCAGGGACUUCAAUGGCUUGCCCUCAUGUUAGUGGUCUAGCAGCAUUGCUUGUGUCAAGGCACAAAGAAUGGUCGCCAGCAGCAGUUAAAUCAGCCAUGAUGACAACCGCUUAUAAUUUGGAUAAUAGAGGGAGUCCAAUCAAGGAUGUUUAUCAUGGUGGCCCUGCGACACCUUUUGCAAUUGGUUCAGGCCAUGUUGAUAUUCAGAAAGCUUCUGAUCCAGGAUUAUUAUAUGAUAUCCACCCUCUUGAGUAUUUACUUCACUUGUGCAGCCUCAAGUAUAAUUCUUCUCAAAUAGCCAGAUUUGAUCAGAAUUUCACAUGCCCCAAAGGGACAACCAUGCAGCCUGGAGAUCUAAACUACCCUUCCUUUGUAGUGCGUUUCAAGAGUGAUGCCCAUAAUGUUACCAUUACAUAUAGAAGAACUGUCACAAAUGUUGGAAAUCCUCCAAUAGGUACUUACAAAGUGCAGGUACAAGAACCCAAAGGAAUAUCAGUUAGGGUGAACCCUAGCAUUUUAAGUUUUAAGACGCAUGGUGAGAAAUUGGGGUAUAAGGUGAGUUUCACAACAAUAAAACGAAUCAUUGAAUCUGAGAACUCAUGUUUUGGAUCUCUAACAUGGGUGUCUGGGAAAUACAUGGUCCGAAGUCCCAUUGCAGUAACUUGGAUAUAGAGAGAGUCCUCUGCUUAUCAUAUGUGAAAGCAGAGGAUUUAAUCAUGUACUGCUCAAGUUAUUAUAUGUGUGUGCGGUAUGCCUAUGUUUAAUAUUUGAUGGGAAAAAAAAUUAAAAGCAUAUAAAAUAAAAUGCCUUUUAUCUA